AUGGGAUAUGAUCAUUGGAGUCUCGUGUACACAGACUCAAGUCAACACUUGAUGAAAUUUCAUUUGAUUUGGCAAAGUCAACCAGAAGAAUCUCAAAUCCCGAAACUGCCCUCGGAAACUAAAGCCUCUCCCAAAUCAGAAGUGUCACUGUUAUUCUUGGCUCUGAUUUCUGCUUCUCCGGAACAAUUAAGAGAUGAAAAAUUUAAGGCAAAAGAAGAAGAUGAAGAUUCAGCUCAAGAAAUGGCCAGAGUUAUACAAAGAAUAACCGAGUUACAUGAUAAGGGCAUUGCUAUUUAUGAGGUGCAAAGGUUUCAAAGGCUAAUCAAGGAAUCAUGGAAGGGUAUGUUGAUUUUGGUUUUGAAAGAUAAUGUUGGGCUUAUGGAAUCUAACAAAGCCGAUAAUUGA